AUGUUUAAAUUUCUGCACGAUAUAGAUGUAGCCAAGAGGAAGCUGAUAAACACAAUUAACAACAAAUUGGCACUCCCCAACGAAGACGAUGAGUGCCUCUUCCCGGGGGAGGGAGAAACUAUGACCUACGCAGUGGGGACAGGGGAGUGUUCGCUCCCAAGAAAGGGGGACCUUCCAAACGGAGAGGAGGACGACGAAGACGAUUCAAGCGAAUCUGAUGAGGACGACUCGAUUGAGUCCAGUGGUGAGGACCUUAGUGAAUCCGACGAUGAUGACAAAACAAGUGUGCUAAAUAGACAUGAGGAGGAUGACCCAUGUGAGGAGAAGGAAAAAAGGGAAGACGAAGGUGGAGGGGUGGUAUCGAGAAGAAAAGAUGCUGCACCGAUGUGUGAGCCUCCACACGGGGGUGGCCAUGUUCACAGCUCCAGCGAAGGAAAUGAAAGAAGUGAAAAUGGCAGCGAAGUUACCACGGAGGUAGGAGCCAUUCCGGCUGCUCAACCAACCAGAGAAUGCAGCGAAAGUAUCGAACGUGGCAGUCGCGCCAUGCCGCUUUACGGAACCAAAGUGGGUGAAGAAACAAAAAGAAGUUACCCUCCCAGGUUAAAGAAGGAAACGCAAAAGAGGAGGGAAGAAGACGCAAAUGCUGGAACGAAGAUCCUUGCAGAAUCUACCUUCUACAGUCAUCUCAAAGAAAAAGUUGCAAAGAAUCUGUGUUGCAAAGUUCAAGGUAAGAAGUACGAUGAGAUGGUGAAGCAAAUAAUUCUACUAAGAGAACUGUCCAGCGAAGAGGCAAACUCGAUGGUGGAGACUGAGAAGGGCCAGUCCAAACAAAGGAACUGCUCUCCUGAGCGAUACAGGAAGCUGGCCGAACAGUGCGCCACAAAGAUAUGCGAUCUGGUACUAGGCGAUAGGACGAAGCUGCUUGGGAAACCCCCCCUCCUUCACAAUGAAGAGGAGGAAAACGUGAAGGAGGAAGUAAAAAACGCUAAAGAAAUAAUUGAAUUAAAAAAGAGAAACAAAAUUCUUAACGACAUAAACGAAAGACAAACGAAACAACUGUUGCAGCUGUCAUGCCAGCUUUCCUCCAACAUAAAAAGCGACUCAGAAACAAGUGAACGGAACUACAUAAACGCUAAAGUUGACUCCAUGGAGAAGGAGCUAACUCAAUUGAAGGGAGAAGUGUCUGUCCUGGAAGAGCUUGCAAAUGACAAAAAUGUACACGUAAAAAAAAACUACGAAUUAGGAUGUUUAAUAAAGUCAUUGGAAGCUUCUCUGCAGAAGAAAUCCCACCUGUGUGUUUCACUAUGGAGGGAGAAACACCAACAAAAGGGAAGAUUACAACGGUGCCGUGAGAAGAUGCAACGUUUGAGGGAGGACCUGCGAACCUGCAGAUCGGCUUUGCUGGAAAUGCAGCGCAGGGAGAAAAGACUUGCUUUCCAGUUUAGGGGCCUCAUCAGGACCCGUGGUGACAGGAACAGGGGGAUAUCCCUGCGGUGUCACAAAAAGAAAGGGCGGCUGAAGCUGCGUAUCCGAAGCGAAAACGCCACUUGUAAUGGUACAGCGGGGGAUUCCCCGUCGAGCCAUCCAAACGGUGCAGAUUUUGAGCGUCACCCGAACAGUGUCCACCCUCCGCGGCGUACAAGCAGUUCCGAUCCCCCAAGGUGCAAACCAGCGAUGUCCGAGAACCACGCAGCCAAUUCCCGCACCAGCGCUGCAGCCAACCGGGAUACCCUGGAGGAACUCGCGCAGAAGGUAAAUAACUACAAAUUUUUUAUAGACGAAUGGAAGUCCUUAUCUGUUAGAAACAAAAAAAAAAAAGACGCGGAAUUGAAAGAAACAAAAAAACUUUUAUCACAACAAGUUACAAAAAAUGAAAUGCUAGAAAAGAAAUAUCAAUCUCUUUUGGAAAAAAUGAGAUCGCUUGACAGGGGUCCAGACAACAAAGGUAGUGACGUGGACAAUCGAAUCGGUAUUGUCACAGAUGGAGAGAUACAUUGUGAAGGGAACCACCAGGACGGGGUCUGCCCCAAAACGAAAGAAUUCAUAGAAGAAGUAAAUUUUCUAACAAGAGAAGUCGAAAAGCUGCGAGAAGACCAGCUGCUCCUGCAGGAGGACGUGAAAAAGAAAAGCACAAUUAUCCUGCACCUUAUAAAGAAGCACGCCCUCAGUGAGGAGCAUUUCAGAUCAGACAACAACCUCCCCAUACUCAACAACAAACUAACGUACGAUGAAAUGAGGAAGAUAAUGGAGGAGACUCUUAUUGAAAACAUUCGGCUUCGCUCAGACUUGUUUGCCCUAGCCAAAUGCGUCCAUGGCGACAGCACUGGAUCUUACGCUGGGCAGGAAAACCCUGGUGCGUAG